ACGGAGGAAUUUAUGAAACACCCUCUCUUCAACGUGGACUUCUCCCUCCUCAAGACGCGUUAUCCACCCAACCUCCUUCCCGAUGAAAAGCUAAUGUCCCUACGGCAGGAGUACGUGAGAAAGACCAUCCUCAAGCUCCGCAACUGGCUCGUGAAGUCGCUCAACGUAGAUGUCGAAGAUUGGAAACGGUCCACGAAGCCGGAGGUGAACGACGCCUCCAACUACUACACCCCACUGUCUGUGUUGGUUCUGUCUCCCAUCAAUGAGCUGCUGGCAAACGCCAACAAUUCCCAUUCAAUUGCCGAGAGCUUUUCUGCUGUCAUUAACCGCGAGGUGGAGCGUGAUGCUCAGUUGAAGGGGCGCCUGCUGCCCCAAUUGAAUCGCCUAAAACAGGACAUGAUGUGCGUUGAGGAAACAGUCUUUCUGGAUUUAAACAAGGUCCUUGACGCUGUGCUAACACGUGAAUGGACUCUCCACUUCUCUGAUUUCGAACGACGCACAGCCGGGGAAAAACUUCUUAAUACCAGCAACUUUUUGGUGUCCUUCUUUGAGGAGCAGAUGCCGGUUUCAAGGGAGAUCUGUGAUGCGUAUAAAGCUAUUGGCCUCAUCGGCCAGUUUCUUAUCACCGACGAUCGUUCUAUGCUAUCGCUUGAUGUUAUGAACCUCCAGCGCAACUUCCCCGACGUCCGCACGGAACAGGUGUACGCCAUUUUGAUGCUGCGUGGCGACUUGAAAACGAAUGAAGCCAAGGAGCUCUCUACCAACUCUGAUAAAUCAGGCUCCACGCAAAGAUCUGGUUUGGACAUUUUUACGAGGGUUGCAUCAGAAGCGGUCCGUUAA